CAGAGGCGGUGACGUAGCAGACACAUGACCUGACGUCACGCCGCCGUGCGCUUCUGGAUUUGGCUGAAGAAGAUGGCGGCCUCCUCAGGAGUUAAAGUUCCACGCAAUUUUCGUUUGUUGGAGGAGCUGGAAGAAGGCCAGAAGGGGGUCGGCGAUGGCACGGUGAGCUGGGGUCUGGAGGACGACGAGGACAUGACCUUAACGCGGUGGACGGGAAUGAUCAUCGGACCUGCGCGAACUAAUUACGAAAACAGGAUAUACAGCCUGAAAGUGGAGUGCGGCCCUAAAUAUCCUGAAGCACCUCCGACUGUUAGAUUUGUAACAAAAAUUAGCAUGAAUGGAAUAAAUAAUUCCAAUGGGACGGUGGAUGCACGUAGCAUACCAAUUCUAGCAAAAUGGCAAAAUUCAUAUAGCAUUAAAGUUGUUCUUCAAGAGCUACGGCGUCUAAUGAUGUCCAAAGAGAAUAUGAAGCUUCCUCAACCGCCUGAAGGACAGACGUACAACAAUUAAUUGUAAAUGAUUGUUUUUGACCAUCUGUCUUAAAAACAAAACAAAAAAACACAACAACAAAAAAAAAGAAAACCACCUUGCUCUAUUAGUCUCGUGUCAUCGGAGAUAGAGAAAGAAAACAGACAAAACCCGUAAAUUUGUUCACUCUGCACGUGAACAGACAUCUUUGCAAGGGCAGGAUUGGAUGUUUGGAAAUAGUUUAGUUUCUCAGAGGAAAAAGAGAAAUGAUUGAGUGCACAAAUGUUUCUCCUCCAGUAAUGUUAUGUCCAGCUUUAUUGUUUCGGUUUUCGUUUUUUUUUUUUUUUUUUUUCCACAUAGCCACAAGUUUUAAAAUAAAACAUUAAAAAAAAUAAAAAAAAAACGGCAGGAUGGAGGUUCUUAUGUUGACAUAACCUGUUGGUAAAAAUAACUUGCCUAUAAAGAUGCCUAUAUGAUAUGACAGCAUGAUUAGUUUGGAGGGGGAUAAGAAUCGGCGUAAUAAAUGAUCUGAAUGAUAGAAGGCUGUUGUGUUGAUUAUACUAAAGUGUGCCUGUAGUCUAGUUGUAGUAACAGAAGGGAGUGGCUGUUUUUUUUGUUUUUUUUUCUUUUUUAAUUAACACUUUCAAAAAAACAUUUAUGCCAACAGCCAUUAGUUUUUAUUGCGCUAUUUUCCUGUUUUUAAAUCAAACCAUUCGUUUAACUCGUCUGGAAAAUGCCAGCUACAUUAAAGCAUUCGACAUCACAAAGCACAUCCGCCCCCCCAUCUCUCUCGUUUGCUAUCCACUGUACGUAUGCAUUGCGGAUUAAACGUGUUAAAUUACUGUACGAAGUGACGCAGUGGACUUUUUGAGGAUUUUCCACAGCACACCAUCACAGCCUGAUGUGCUUCUUCAAGCAAUUUUAUUCAAUUUAAUUAACCAUCGUUCCUUUUAUUUAUUUUUAUUUAUUUUAUUUUUAACCCCCACCCUUCUAACUACGGCACCACUUCUGUAAUCCCUGGAUAAACUUUCAACUGUAAUCACUUAUCUGCUCGUGAGCCUAAUUUUGAGUAAUCUGGAAGCAGUACACUGUAAUAAUGAAUAGCUAACGUAGUCGUUAAUUGUUCAGAAGCUCUGAAAGCUUAAUGUUUUUGUUUUUUUUUUCUCUGAAAGUGAUCGCAAAGAUACACAACAAAGCGUUAACAUCAAUCGCUUUAAUGCAUCUCUCAAACAUUUUGGUCCCUUUUUUGUCUCUCUUUUUCUUUUUCUUUUUUUUUUAAAAAAGAGAUAUAUUCUGGUUCUGUUGAAAUUGUAACACAGGGGCUGUAUUCAGGAUAAUAAAUAUUGUGGAACACAA